CUGCGACUGGGAAUUGGUGCUUUACCAACCCUGGUAGUUCAGUAGGUUCGUCUACUGCCUAAGAGCUGGUGUCGCCCCGUCCGGAGUUGUUGUCUGAAGUGUGCGCAGUCCGGGAUCGAUCAUGAGAAGUGUUACCACGACCACUGGGGAAACCAUGCUUCUCCCUCCUUUUCUGAUGUGGCGGAGGCUGCAAAGGGGCGACCUUCUCAACCUGAGACCGAAGGCGCCAAUGUUGGGGAAGGGAAGCAGCACCUGAUUGUCGGAGAAAGAGGCAUUCUUAAAAGCGCAAGGAGAAGCCGAUGUCUCAACAACCAAACCUCUUUCUCUGUUGAUUCGCCCAUCUUCCAUUACAAGUCGAAGUCUUUCGGCAAGGAUUACGAGGCAGUCAUGAGCACUGACAGAGGUCGAACGCCUCCUCGCAUCAUGUUUGCCACACCUUUGGGUUCUUUCCAUGCUGGCACACAGAGCAUUCCAUGAGUCUGGACAGUUCCACAAGUCGUAGUGGGAGAUUUCCGUCAAUAUCGAACGGCAGCAAUAGAAAGUCUAUUGCUACGCAUCCGGUGGGUCGACUUCAAACUUUCACGCCUCCUAUAUCCCAAUCCUCGCCCAACCCUUGCAGAGCCAUCCUCCACUGCGAACUAUAAUGUGGGACCUUGUCUGGUCGCAGAAGAUGAACACGAAGACUCUGGCAAGAUCUGAGAAAAGAGGUGAAAUCCAUGUCGCAGCAUAAUUAACUGCCGAAAUCCCAGAUACGAGGUCGUUUAGCGGCAUGGGUCAUGUCCGCUGGACGCUCACCCGCACGUGGAUCAUGGUUGGGAAUUCAUCGCUGCCACAUGAUGCCACCAUCACCAACCAUCCCAAUGUCUUCCCCGGAUUUCUCCAACAACGGUAUCGACCCCGCGCUCUUGGAUGUGCCCGGACUUGCGAAGCACCACUAGCUGACCCGUGCAGACCCCAGAUUGGGGACGGUGGCUUGAACUAGGAGCAUCCCCCGAUGUCUUAGACGUCAGACAAGGCUCACAAGCUUUCCUGGGCUUCAUGUUAUUGACUGUAGGACAUGGUGAGAAACCAUGACUCCAAAUCUGUGCUUGGAAUCAUAGUCUUCUGCGCCAAUGAGCUCUGUGGAGAUAUGGGGUCAGGCCUGAAGAUGGGGAAUCCUUGCCCAAGUGCCUCGCCUCGAUCGCGGCGGCUUCAUCAAUCAGGUUUGGGUGGUAGUAGCGAGAUGCGAUGCCUGUCGAUGUACUUAAACUUAGCCUCGCGUCCUCGCCUGUGACCACAGACUCCGAUUUCAAACAACACCUACAACCCUGCUCGGACUCCUCCUGUCGCCAGACUUCCGGUUGGUCUUCUCGACCUUUUUGAAAUCAAACCAAAUACUCUACUCAGAGUUAGGUCAACAUGGGUCUUGGUGUCUUGGAAGACCACAAACUUUCGCACGUGCCUGGGACGGUCCUCUUGAACGAUGAAGCUGCCCACUCCGAGUCACAGACCGGAAACCUCAAGCAUGGAACGGGCAAGAACUCGCACAUUGUGCUCUCUCCCCAACCCAGCGACGACCCAAACGAUCCGCUCAAUUGGUCACUCCUGAAGAAAGAGUCCAUCGUAUGGAUUCUCGCUUUCGGAUCCAUGCUGUGUGCAGCCACCAACGGACCGUUCCUGAAUGCCUCUUACUUCGCCAUCGCGCAACAGAUCAACAAAGACCUCACCACCACCGUCCUGGUCUCCGGUUACAAUAUCCUUGCGAUUGCCUGCAUCGGACCCUUCGUGUGCGCAUUCAGCCGCCGAUAUGGCAAGCGUCCAGUCUUCCUCGUGUCCACGCUUUUUUGCAUCGUUGGCACGGCCAUCGGUGAAGUCAAAGUCAGUUAUGAAUAUCUUCUUGCGGCGCGCAUUGUGCAAGGAUUUUCCACCAGCGCAUUCGAGUCGCUCAUCAUCUCGGUUGUUGGAGACCUCUUCUGCGUCCACCAACGUGGCCUGAGGAUUGCAUCCAUCAAUUUCGUCCUCAACUCUGCCUCGAGUCUAGCUUCGAUCAUUUGCGGCCAAGUCUACAACAACCUUGGCCUUCUCUGGCUGUUCCACCUUUUCCAGAUCUUCCUGGUCAUCCAAUUCGUCCUUAUGUUUUUCUUCUGCCCCGAAACGACGUAUAUCCGGGAAACUAUCUACGAAACCGACACUCUCCAAACGGAGACGUUUGAGCAAAUUGACAAAGCCAACGAAGAACACCGCGAACAGGCCAUUGCCGUCAAAGAGCUCGGCGAGCCUGCCGCAGUCGCCGCCGCGGCGAAUCAACGCAUCCCGAAGAAGAAGACAUUUGUCCAGGAAUUGAAGGUCUAUAAUGGUGUCUUUUCCCAGGACAGCAUCGUCAAAUGGCUCUUUGGUAUGAUCCUGACGCUCUUUAACCCCGCCGGCUUCUACGUUAUCAUUGUGUCAGGCUUGCUCUGCGCGUGGUACGUCGGUUCGGCCAUCAUUCUCGCUGGCAUCUUCGCCGGCCCACCCUGGAUGUUCAACGCCGCACAGAUCGGAUAUCUCGGAACGGGCCCAUUCAUUGGCGGUAUGAUCGGAAGCAUUCUUCUCGCAGUCUUCUCCGAUCGCGUCAUGAAGUGGAUGACCAUCAGGAAUAAGGGGACUUAUGAACCUGAAUUUCGCCUUAUUUUUAUGUUGCCAUGCGCAGUCUUUUCCGGCUUCGGCAUGUUCUUCUUCGGGUACACCAUGGCUCAUGGAUCCAAUGCCAUCUUGUGCGCGUUCUUCCAGGGCAUGAUGAUGGUUGGGGUGAUGAUCGGCGUGGUUGCCACCAUGUCCUAUGGCCUCGAUGCCUUCCGAAGUCAAAGUAAUGAAAUCUUUGUCAUGAACAUGGUAUUCAAGAACUUUAUGUUUUACGGCCUCUCCAACUUCGCCAACAACUGGGUUGCCGCCAAGGGCCCGGAAGAGAUCAUGUUUACCUUCGGAGGCACUACCUUGGCCAUGUGCAUUUUCGGCAUCCCUGUGUACAUCUUUGGCAAGAAGAUGCGCAGUUGGUGGACUCGCCACGACCUGUUCAUCAAGUUCAACAUGCAGACCACGGGACCGGAGACACAUUUGGGUUGAAGUAGACUCCCAGUCAUAAUUUUGAGCAAGGAGGAAGGUUGUAGUCAGAUAUGUUGUCGCUCAUGGUAAAGGACAAUGCACCGUGCAUGAAUGCUUAACAGAAACCCAUGUAAUUCAGAUUAAGACCUCCAAUUGAGUAUUG